CAAAACCGCUCUGGAUUGGAGUAUAUAAGGGGCCCAGGUGUCUCUCAGCCUAAGCACAACUUCACAAACUCCCGACACAGCAACGACAAGCGUUGUCCGCCUCAACAGAACGUUAACAAAAAUGAAGGCCGUCAUCUUAUUAUGCCUGGUUGGUGUUGCUUUCUGCGCUCCUCAGUUGUCCCAACAAACAGGACCUACUGAUGAGGAAACCAUCGAGCCCUUCAACUUCAGCCUGAUUGUCAACGACGACGAAAACACCGUCUACGCCACCCGUCAGGAGUCCCAGGACCAGAACGGUGCCGUCCAGGGCGAAUACUCUUGGGUAGCUCCCAACGGCGUCCGGUACACCACCACCUACACAGCUGAUCCAGUCAACGGAUACAACGCUGUCACCCGCGAAGAGCAGACCAACAUCGUUGUCAAGAUCCCCGUGCACAAGCCCCAGGAACAGUCCGUCUUUUAAGAUGCACCAACCGCCCAUCCCAUAUUCCCUUCAGGCCCAGCCAUAGCACCUAGCUGCCUAACCGAAUUUUUAAAAAAUCUUCGUCUUCUAUUCUUCACACGGCUUUCCCAAUGCUAACGCAUUUUAGCCUAAACUUAACGGUUAUUUAUUUUAAUUUUUGUCAUGUUUUAUUUUUCCCACGUGGUCUAUCCACGGUUUAAACUUUAUUUAAUUAUUUAUGUAUAUUUUAUUUUAUUUUAUUUUCCCUCUCCACCUUCGUUGUUUCCUACUCGACUAUCUCUCCGUCACUUGACCUAUGCUAGGCUUCCCCUCCCUCAACAUCCGAGCUCUUAUAUAGCUUAAUCUCCGCUGAUGGAAUGGACUUGAAACUAUCCCUCAGCCCCACAGCCAUAUUACUUCUGUAAAUAGUGUAAAUACCAGUCCUGCCCCCGACUCACUUUUUAAAAGAUGGCCUGAACUCCAUCUCUGAAAAUUUGCAUGUCCUUUCCACGUUUAAGAAUUCCAAGUCCGUUACUUUUUUUUUUUAAUGAAGUUGUACAUCUAAGUCAAU